GUACCUUGACUUAAUUUGGUUCAGCUUCGAUUUUUCGAGUGGGUUUGUUUUGUUCCUAGAAAAAAAUUGAAUAAUUUAUCAAACGUUCAGCAGUUUCUCGAACAAAUGAGCCUACAUUGUUGGAUUUGUCGGCAGCAAGAAACCGACGGUUUGGUUUCUCUAUCUCAUCGUGAUUCAACACAGCAGAAAUCGGUUCACGUGUUGAUUGAAACUGUUGUCGGGAUUAAGUUGAAGAAUGACUAUAAAAUACAACGUCACAUAUGCAGUCAGUGCCUGGAAAAGUUUAAUCAGACCUGCUCACUUUGGAAACAAUAUGAAAGUUUUCAAAUAAAGCAAGGAUCAUCGAGAGAACCAGAAGGAGAUUAUAUCUGCUGCAAAUGUGCGAAGCAAGAUGUCGAAGAGUUAAUAGCUCUGGCUUGUGUUUGCGACUCCUGGAAUCUGACCGUCAGUGAUAUGAUUGAAUUCCUGUCUGGUGUAGUUGUCGAACCGGACGCUAGUUUAUCGCCGUACAUAUGCGAUGUAUGUCUACAAGAAUUGAAUAUGGGUUGCACCUUCAAGCAGCAGUGCUUGGAAGCGGAGUUGUCGCUACAUAAUCAGGCGGUACGUGAUUGGGAUAUGAUGAAGUUCGAAAAUGCCGAUAGUGAUGAUUUAAUCGUUGACUUAUACGCCGCUGCUUUUCCGCGUUGGAAUACGCGGACGCAUUGCAUUACGCACAUCUACUGCAUGAUUUGUAGUUUGGAAACGCCAAUCCACUUGUUCUCCAGAAAAUGUAAUGGAUGCUGUUUAGAGUUUAAAAAUUUUGAUGAAAUUGUCAAUAAAGCAAAUGAAUCUCAAGAAAUAACUGAACUUGAAAUUGAUUCGAAUGUGACUAUGGCAGAGCAUGUCGAUGGAAAUGAUUUUAAAUCUGAUUUCCUGAUUAAAAUUGAGCCUAACAGUAUAUCUGAGCAAGAUUGUGCGGCUUUAAUUAUUGAUAACGUGUAUAACAAACCACAUCCAGACAUCGACAACUGCUUUGAUAUUCUUGAAGAUUUGAGCGAGAUUUAUCAAAAAGUUCGUCGGAAAGGGCCGAUGUGCUGCGGUUGUAAGAUAUUUUUCCUCUCGAAAGAUGAACUGAGACAGCACCGCAAAAUGCAUCACGUGCAAAUGGUACCGGGGACAGAACUUUGUUACAUUUGUAAAAUAUGCACAAGAAUAUUUCGCACCAGGGGAACUCUCAGGCAUCAUGAGGCAAUAUCAGAACGUGACACAUAUUUUUACUGUAAAAUCUGCAAACAACUGUUCGACGAUGAUGUCUGUUUAAAUACGCACAAAGCAACAAUACAUGGAAAUGAAAAUGCCAAUAGUAUGGAAAUCCUCAACAAGUUUCGAAGCAAAACGGUAAUGCGUUACAGGUGUAAAAUAAACGGAUGCAAGAAGGUGGAAAAGUACGUCGACAAAAUCGUUCAUCAUUACUCUAUUGCACACAAGUUGCAGCUCGAUGAAUAUGAAGUUGCUAAAGAUCCAACUUUUAGGGUGAAUAUGAAUUUAAAUAUUUGCAAAAUUGGUAAAUGCGGGUUUAAAUCGAGAAGUUUACCAUAUACUGUUAAACACUGUUCAACACCUCACACAAAUAAGCUCAUUCCUCGUGAACGAAUGGGCACUAACAAAUCAAGAUUUGAACCAGAUGCACCUGAUUUGAAACAAUUUACCAUUGUUGAUAAUAUAGACAACAAUCUAAGUGUUUUAACCACUGACAGUGAAUUUUGCUGUGGUUGUUUUACUUUUCAUCGAACAGCGGAGGAUUUUCAACUGCAUUUUUCGGCCGUGCAUGAUGAUAACAAAGUAGGAAAUUCCGAUUUUGCAUUCAAGUGUACCAGGUGCAAUAGAAGAUUCAAGGGCAUUAGUGCUUACACGCAGCACAUGUCUGCAGCCUCUAAAGGAGUUUAUUAUUACUGCAAUCCUUGCAAGGAAUUUCUUUGGGACUUGCGGGAUAUAAAACGUCAUAAAAUCACUUGCCCUCAUCAAGACACUGCUGAUGACGAGCUUAAAUUCGAAACGAUUCAGCGUAUGACUCUUAAUUGCUGUGGAUGCAAUGAACAGUUCGACACAGAAGAAGCAAUCAUGGAGCAUCGAAAAAAUAUGCAUCCUCCACCCGCACUUUACGGCCGUAGGAAGAGCAUGUUGAUUUGCGAGCUAUGCAAUAAACAGGUUCCCACAGCCAAAGACUUGACGAAUCAUCAAGCUCGGGCAGCUAAUAAAAAUGUCUACCGAUGUAAAAUUGGUGAGUGUGUUUUCGAAACCAGAUCCUUGAAGCAAAUUAAAAAGCAUGUCUUCGGUCAGGCUCACCUGGAUGCCAGUGGUAUAAGCGUUUGUAUCUACAAUCCGAACCCGAUAGAAUAUGAAUGUUGUGUUGGAACGUGUACGUUCACAAGUAGGUCCUAUGACGACAUAGUCGGGCAUGUAAUAGACAGCCAUAACAACGCAAAAUCAUUUAACGCUAUACAAUAUCAAGGCCGUAACUUAUUCUGCGAGGCUUGUAAUAAAGGAUAUGAUAACUGGCACAAACUACUGAACCAUAAAAAUAAGAAACCGUCGUGUUGUUGUAAGUACUGUGGGAAAAAUAUAAAGAAAUCAGAAUUAGAGACGCAUCUGGAAGAAUGUCCUAUGAGAGUUACAGUCGAUUGUGACGUAUGUUGUAAGCAAUUUGAAUCCCCGAGGCUUUUGAGAGUGCACAAGAAGAAUAUCCACAAACCUAAUCCAGUGCCGAAAAAACUCACUGCCGGUAAGAUUUGCAGUGUAUGUGGAUUGGUGUUCACGAAUAUUGUAGCUCACAUGCUAUCACACACCGAUCAGCGACCAUUCAAGUGCAGCCAGUGUCCGAUGAGUUUCAGAUCCAACUUGGCGCUCAGUAAUCAUAGUGGGGUCCAUGCAACGGUGAAAGCCUACGCUUGUCGUCACGGAUGUGGUAAUCGCUAUAGCCACGCAACUGAUCGUUUCCGCCAUGAGCGGGCGGUCCAUCUGAACAUUAAGCCACACACGUGCAGUAUAUGUUCGAAGUCCUUUGUACGGGAUCGUGAUCUGAGGUUACACAGUCGGAUACAUACUGGGCGGAAAUUAUAUCCUUGCGAUAAGUGUGACGAGAGCUUCGAUAAGCUGAGCGAGCUACGGGAGCAUAGGUGUAACGAAGAACAUUUGAUUUGAUUCAAUAUUAUCUUGGUAGUUCGUAGAUUAAUACGAAUAAAACAAAAAAAAUAUUUUGAAUACAA